CUACCUCUGAAUGUUGGAUGCCGGAUUGUUCUAACGUUAUGUUCCUCUGGUCCAAGCGCUUUCAGACAGUGCUGUUUACACGUUACAGCACUGCAAUGGACAGCGGUGCAGUAGUAUCAGGUGCACUAUAGCAGUGAUUUCCCCUGAUGACAUCUAAAUCAAAGGCUCAACUGGCCCCUCUGCCAAGGACAGAGAUCCUUGCAUAUUGGGUGCUGUCCUUAGGCUCACAUCUCUACUCUUUCUACCAACUGCACAGGUUCUCCAAAGAGCAUGAAGCAGGAUUAGAGAGAGGAUUCCAGUUGGAAAAAGGCCUUGUCAAGGGUUUUAAAAGGGACCUUUCUGACUUUGAGUGGAGUUUCUGGACUGAAUGGGCUAAGAAGUCUUUGCUGUGGACUCUAAUUGGUCAUGGUGUGAUAUCAAGAUUGACCAGAAUCUUUAAUCCCAAGUUUAGGGUGCCAGCACUCACCAUAUAUGGCCUCUUAGCAGCCAGCAGUGUGUUGGGGAUUAAAGGUGUGAGCGUGCUGCUGGUACAUGUGGGCCUGUCGUUUUCAGUGGCCCAAUUACAAAAACCUGCUCUGUCAUGGUGCUGCAACCUUCUGCUGCUCUCCACACUUCACAUCCAUCCACUACAAGAGAUCCAGAGAGGCUGGUAUAAGACCGAGGAGGAGUACUAUCUGCUCGUCUUCAGUGUCGCUGUCUGUGGACUUCGCCUCAUCAGCUUCAGCCUGGAGCAUUGCUGGAGCCCUGCAGACAGUGGUGGAGCUGUGCAGCUCGGCUGGUUGUUUUCAUACACCUUCUAUCAUCCCUUUUUCUACAAUGGACCCAUUAUCUCGUACAGAGACUACACUGAGCAGAUGCAAAGGCCUGCUGAGGAGUGUGACGGGGACAAAUCUGGUGCCAUUUACUUGGUGCUCAGAUCAGGACGAAUCAUACUGUGGUGGUGCCUCGCGGAAUACAUGAUCCAUGUUAUGUAUAUGCACUCCAUCCAAUCUAAUGAGACAUACUUAGAGAUCCUCCCUCCCUGGGCCUUGGGUGGUCUGGCGCUGGCCCUUGUCCAGUUUUUCUUUGUGAAGUAUCUGGUUCUGUUCGGCUUUCCAUCCAUGCUGGCUUCUAUGGAUCAACUAGUUCCCCCAAAGCUCCCUCGCUGUGUCAGCAUCAUGUACAGUUUCACAGGGAUGUGGAGGCACUUUGACGCCGGUCUGUAUCGAUGGCUCAUCAGGUAA